GCGCCGGACCCCGGGAGAAGGAGCUCUCCGCCGGGACAGAGGAGCCAUAAAGAGCCGGGGAGGGAGGGGAUGAGAUUUCUCGCUGCCCAAUCCCCCUUUUCCCCCGGGAGCCGCAGCCUUCCACGGUCCGUCCCUCCCUCUUGUUUGCUAAUCAUUUCAUUUUACUCCUUUUUGAAGCGCUGGCUUGUUUUUUUUAUCCCACUUUUCAUUUUUCCACAAUCCGCGGCUGCUCGCCUCCCUCUGAUCCCCGGCUCUCCCCGCUCCGUUCUCCCGGCGUCAGGCUCUCCGGAUCCCGGCUGAUUCUCCUCCGUCUCUCUCCUCCUCUCCUCUCUCUCCUCUCUCGGCUCCUCUGAGAUGCUCUCCCCGCUCUCCGCUCCUCUCUCCGCCCUCUUUUAACUUCACAGAGACGCCGGUUUAAAGCCCGGGCUGCUGCGAGCCGGGGCUGGGAUCUAAAACAACCCCGGAGAAACCCAGAGGGAUCCGGGGCUCUUCUCUGGAUCAGGACCCGGUACUUUGGGGAAGCUCGCCCGUGUGUCCCCCCCACCCCUCCUCCUCCCCUCCUUCCUGCUCAUCGCUCCUCUUUUCUCCACCUUAAUCCAGGUGGUCCUUUGGCUUUUUUGAGUGGCGGCUACAGGGAGGAUUAUUCUUCUUUCUUGUUCCUGGUGAAGACAAAGCUCCCAGAAGGACACUUUGAUGUUCUCCAUCCAGGACAGCCUCCCCCGGGGGGCCCUGACCAUGAAGGAGGAGCCGCUCCCCACCGGCAUGACCCCGGUCCGCUCCUGGAUGCAGGGCGCAGGGAUUUUGGACGCCAACACAGCGGCCCAGAGUGGCGUGGGUUUGGCCCGAGCUCACUUUGAGAAGCAGCCGCCCUCCAACCUGAGGAAGUCCAACUUCUUCCACUUCGUCCUGGCGCUGUACGACCGCCAGGGGCAGCCGGUGGAGAUCGAGAGGACCUCCUACGUGGACUUUGUGGAGAAAGACAAGGAGUACAACGGAGAGAAGACCAACAACGGAAUCCACUACCGGCUACAGCUGCUCUACAGCAACGGCAUCAGGACAGAACAGGACCUUUACGUUCGGCUGAUAGACUCCAUGACCAAACAGCCGAUCCUGUACGAAGGUCAGGACAAGAACCCGGAGAUGUGCCGCGUCCUCCUCACCCACGAGAUCAUGUGCAGUCGGUGUUGCGACAAGAAGAGCUGCGGAAAUCGCAACGAGACGCCCUCUGACCCCGUCAUCAUCGACAGAUUCUUCCUGAAGUUCUUCCUCAAGUGCAAUCAGAACUGUUUGAAAAAUGCUGGAAACCCACGAGACAUGAGGAGGUUCCAGGUCGUGGUUUCCACUACGGUCAACGUGGACGGUCACGUGUUGGCGGUUUCAGACAACAUGUUCGUCCACAACAACUCCAAACAUGGCCGCCGCGCCCGACGCCUGGACCCCUCCGAAGCAGCCACGCCCUGCAUCAAAGCCAUCAGUCCGAGCGAGGGCUGGACCACCGGCGGCGCCACCGUCAUCCUCAUCGGAGACAACUUCUUCGACGGCCUGCAGGUCGUCUUCGGCACCAUGCUGGUCUGGAGCGAGCUCAUCACUCCUCACGCCAUCCGGGUCCAGACUCCUCCCCGUCACAUCCCCGGGGUCGUGGAGGUCACGCUGUCCUACAAGUCCAAGCAGUUCUGCAAAGGAGCGCCGGGACGCUUCGUCUACACCGCCUUGAACGAACCGACCAUCGACUACGGUUUCCAGCGGUUACAGAAGGUCAUCCCCCGUCACCCCGGCGACCCCGAGAGGUUACCUAAGGAGGUUCUUCUGAAGCGAGCAGCUGAUCUGGUGGAAGCUCUUUAUGGGAUGCCUCACAACAACCAGGAGAUCAUCCUGAAGCGAGCGGCCGACCUCACCGAGGCUCUCUACAGCGUCCCUCGCAGCCACAACCAGCUGCCGUCGCUCACCGGCUCGGCCGCCCACUCGGGGAUGAUGGGAGUGAACUCGUUCAGCAGCCAGCUCGCCGUCAACAUCUCCGAGGCCUCGCAGGCCGACCAAGGUUAUUCCCGUAACUCCAACAGCGUGUCUCCUCGCGGCUACGUUCCGAGCUCCACGCCCCAGCAGUCCAACUACAACACCAUCACGUCCACCAUGAACGGAUACGGGGCGGCGGGGAUGACCAACCUGGGCGUUCCCGGAUCCCCCAGCUUCCUCAACGGCUCCACCGCCAACUCUGCUUACGCAAUCAAACAGAAGAGCGCCUUCGCCCCCGUCGUCCGGCCUCAGACCUCCCCGCCCCCCACCUGCACCACCACCAAUGGCAGCAACCUCCAGGCCAUGGCAGGUCUCAUCGUUCCCCCCAUGUGAGGAUCCAACCGGACGCUGCUGAACCCUCCGAACCCGAAAAACAAGAAAAAUCCUCCCAUCGUCCCUCAGAAUCCAGAACCCAGAAUCCAGAAUCCAUCGCUGCGCCAGAGAAACCUUUAUUUAUUCACCCGCCAGCGUCUCGUUCCCCCUGCGGCCGCUGUCGAUUGGAGCAUCUCCGUCAGCGGCGGCCGCCGGUAUGUGGGCGUGGCCUGUUGGGAAAUGGGCGGGACCUGUGUGAUGGGUGGAUGUGGCCACUUGUCUGCUGACAUUUUCAGUAGUUUGACUUUAGAGGCCGAACAGAUCAGUUUGAACCACUGUGAGGCGGGGAAAGGGGGCGUGGCCACCGGGAGCGUCUGUUUACGGCGACGAAAUGAAGGCGGCGCCAUCAAACAUUGCGCUUUCAACCAAAAAUGAUUUAUUUAAAAAUCGUCGAUAAGUGGAAAAGAAAAGCAAGAAAAUCUGAUUCAUUUGAAUGAAUUGUUGGAGGUUUAUUCAGUCGAAGGUUCAGAAUUACAAAAGUUUGUCAAAAAAGUGACGCAAAACUUGUCGAAAAUUAUUUACAUUUAAGAAGUUUUUACGAAAAAAAAGACUCAAACCUGAUGUUUUGAUUUGCCAAAGUUCGUCCUAAUGUUCUUUACAAGCUUAAAAACUUAAACCUUAACACUGAUUAAUUUGUGUACGAAUUAUGAAAGAGUUUUUAGAUGCCUUUUUUUAGCAAAAUUUUACGUCUCGGAUCUGAUUGGUCUUCGCCUGGACAGACGCUCCUCAAGUCCAGGAAACCAGGAACAAAACCUUUUGUCUCAAAUGUGGAAAUAAAAAAAAUACCGUCAGACGGUUUCCAGAUUUGUUUCCAGUCAGACAAAAAAAAAAACCCAAAAAGAACCGGACAGAUGAAGCAUUUUCCUUUCUGUAGAUUUUACCCUCGUUUGUGUCUCAUGUUCCGGAAAAGGAGGAAAAUGCAGUAACUUUGUGAUCAGAUGUUCCACUAACGUUUGAUUUCCAGCUUCUGUUCCUCUUUUGUUUUGUUUUUUUUUUGUUUUUUUUCUCCUUAAACACAGUACAAUAGUUCUGUUUCGCGGGUGUGUCGAGUGGUAGAUUUUAACCAGAAAAAGCUUGCAGCAGUUUUAACCACAUUUAGGUACCAGAUUUUACUUGUUAUUCUUCUGAUUGUGCUUAUUUUCUAUGUAUUUAUAAAGUAUGUUUUGGGGAGUUCCUUUUGUGAUUUAGGCCUGAAUGAUAGUCUCAAAUAUAUAUGUAAACACAUUUGAUGUCUUAAUACCUUUUAGAUAUUGUAAAAAGAGUGAACAAGUGAGAGGAAUUAACCCUUUUUGUAAAAACAACAAAAAAACACAUCACGUGGUCACCCUGUUUUUGAAAGCAGGAUGUAAAACAAACGCUUUCAUCACUUUUGUAUAAAACUGCUUUUCCGAUAUUUAACUUUUUGUAAACGGCAUCAUUUGUGUUCCCCCUGGUUCUUCUUCUUCUCGUCCUUUGUGUAUUAUUGUGAAAUGUAUAAUCAUGGUUAUUUCUUAAUGCACUAUUUUUGUUGGGGCACUUAAUAAGAGCAAUGCAUCUUAGCAAAAAAGAAAAAAAAAGCCAAUAAAAGUGGGGGAAAAAAAGAUGAAAGCUAGAACGAUAUGCACCGAUACAUUUUUUUCUUUUCCUGACGUUUUUUUCCCGCUGUUUUUUUCCCGCCGUUUUAAAAAUCUGUCAUCAUGUGAGAUUUUUAAUAUUUCGUUCUUCCUUUCGAACCUUUCAAGGUUUCGGUGUUUUUAAUCCAUCUGAAUAUUCGACCCGACUCCCAAGUCUUUGUGUUUUUUGAUUUUUAAAAACAUGGCAGCAGAUUUUAAAAACGUCGUUUUUUGGGUCACCGAUCUCAAGGAAACCUCCAUCGAUGUUGGUGUUGUUGUUGAUGGUGCUGUUCUCGUCGUCGCACACAAUCUGGAUUGUUUACUUAUGCAACUGUGUUCCUGUGCCGUGAUGCAAGCUCCGGGGAAGUAUUGAAAGCUGAAAGAAGUCGAGGUCGAUGCCUUACGACUGACCACGACUCGUCGUUUUUGUUUGGAUUCGUUUUACGAAACUGCGACAAUUUAACUUUUUUGGUCCCUCAGGUUCCCCAAAAAUGUACGAAAGAUCCUGACUCAAAAGCUAGCAGUUAGCCUUUCGGUUAGCGGUGCUUGGAAACCUCCCUGAUUUUCGUUGUCUUGUCAAACAGCGCCCCCAAAAUUACAGAGGAGGUACUGCAGCUCGUUUUUUUAGUUAUCAUUUUUGUUUCAGUUUAAUUAAUCAAGUUAAAUUGCAAGAUUUUUUUUUGUUUCUCAGGUUCCCCAAAUAUGUACGAAAGAUGCCGACUCAAAAGCUAGUGGUUAGCGGUGCCUGGAAACCUCCCUGUUUUUGGUUGUCUUAUCGAACAGCGCUCCCAGAAUCACAAAGGGAGGUACUGCAUGUUUACCUAUAAGAAGUGCAGCUUGUUCUUUAAUUAUCACACGUUGUUUUUGUUUCAAACUAAAUUAGUUUGUUGAGCUGCACUCAAAUUAAUUCUUUUUGUAUCUCAGGUUUCCAAAACAUCUCAAAGAGAAAGCUAGUGGUUAGCCUUUUUAGAUAGCUACACUUGGGAAACAUUAAACCUCCCUGAUUUUGGUUGUCUUGUCAAACAGCGCCCCUAGAUUACAAAGGAGGUACUACAACUCGUAUUUUAAAUAUCAUACAUUGUUUUCAUUAGAAUCUGAUUCAUUUUUCUUUUUUGGUUCCCCAGAGGAACUCGAAGUGAUAGUUAGCUGUUAGCCUUUCAAGUAGCAAUGCUACAGAAAUAUUAAAACUCCCAGAUUUUGGUCGUCUUGUCAAACAGCGCCCUCAAGUUACGAAGAAAGGUACUGCAUGUUCAUCUGCUGGUUCGUUAGAGAAAAGACAAACUGGAGCAGAAGAUGAGCUGAUCUCCAAACGACAGAAACUAAAAGCCAAAUCCUUUUCUUCAACAUUUUAUUAUUUUAUUUUUGUUUUACAGAAUUUUACUGUCGAAUAACGGGAAGCAGCGGCUGGCGAAACAGAGUUGAGUUUUCAAAACGUCGAUCAGAAACGUGAGAUAAAAGCAGAGCUGCAGAACUCAGCGGGAUAAUUCUGAUUUAAAGUCUCCAGAUUUUUUUUUCUCGGAGCGUUUGAGCAGUUUUACAUUGAAGGACAGUUUAGAAAAGGUUUUAUCAACUUUGCGCUGACAGAAAAACAAACCAUCCAACAUUCCUUUAAACUAAAACUCUAAAUUUCUUUGGGAAUCUGACGUCUGGACGGUUUAAAUUUUAUACAAAUCGAGCAGGACUGACGGCGUCGCAUCGACUCGAGGCUGAAAAGUCAUCCGGAGUUUCUUGGAAAAGCCAUUUUUCAGCUGAACUAUGGAAGUGAGGAGCCGCACCUCAAACCAAACAUCAACUCAAACAGCUUGCGAUGUUUUUUUUUCAUUGUUCUUCUGUCACAGUUGUAGAAAGUUUGCUUCUCUCCGUCCUGGUUUUCAGACUGAAAAAUAUACUUUUUUCGAUGUUUUACUUCAAUGUGAAAGAGGGCAGAGGCACUGCAUCUUUGUGAAAUAUGAAAUAUAUCAUCAAAGUAUAUCAAAGCACAAUGUUUAAUUAAUGUCUUUAGGAUACAAACCGGGGCGACGCCUCCGGAUUCUUUUCCUUUCUGUCUCUGGCCAUGCUGUAAAUAGAUGCAUGUCUUUUUGGUUUGUUUUUUUCCUGUGAUCCAGUGCUUUUUGUACAGAAACAGUCUAAUAAAGAUUACAUUUGGCUUGAAA